ACAAUCCACCCCGAAUCGCUGGCACACAUCCAAGUAUACGUACACAUACAUAUGUAUAUACAUAUAUGCACACACAAUCACAGAGCUGAGCGGAUUGAUCCAAAACCAGUCUCGGAGAAGUAGAAGAUUAAUGGCUUACAAAGCUCUGGAUUGUAUCACCUCCUCAGACAUCGAAGCUCUUGGACUACCCUCUGAAGUUGCAGAGCGAUUUUACCAAAAUCUCAGCGAAGUCAUUCGCAAUUACGGCUCUGCCACUUCGGAGACAUGGCAACGCGUCUCCAAACACCUCCUCGACCCGGACCUUCCCUUCUCUCUUCAUCAGAUGAUGUACUACGGCUGCUACAAAGACUUUGGACCCGACCCUCCGGCCUGGAUACCUGACCCAAAAGAAGCGGCCUCAACGAAUGUUGGGCAACUAUUAGAGAGGCGUGGGAAGAGGUUCUUAAGAUACAAGGAUCCCAUAUCAAGCUUCUCUGAAUUUCAGAAUUUUUCAGUCUCAAACCCUGAGGUUUAUUGGAAAACUGUAUUGGAUGAAAUAAGUGUAUCGUUUUCGGUGCCUCCCCAAUGUAUUUUACGUGAGAACCAAUCGCACCCAGGAGGUCAAUGGCUACCUGGUGCACAUCUGAAUCCGGCAAAGAAUUGCUUGAGUCUGAAUGGUAAGAAGACUUUGGAUGAUAUAAUGGUGAUAUGGCGUGAUGAAGGAGAUGAUAAAAUGCCUGUUAAUAAGAUGACUCUUAAGGAACUGCGCACAGAGGUUUGGUUAGUUGCACAUGCACUUGAAACAUUGGGAUUGGACAAAGGAUCUGCAAUUGCGAUAGAUAUGCCAAUGGAUGUGAAUUCUGUGGUGAUCUACCUGGCUAUUGUUCUGGCAGGCUAUGCAGUUGUAUCCAUUGCUGAUAGCUUUGCUCCAACUGAAAUUGCGACAAGGCUCAAAAUAUCAAAAGCAAAAGCAAUAUUUACCCAGGAUUUUAUUAUCCGUGGUGACAAAAGAUUACCCUUGUACAAUAGAGUUAUCGAUGCCCAAUCACCCAUUGCAAUUGUUAUUCCCAGUAGAGGCUCCAGCUUUGGCAUCAACUUGCGUGAUGGUGACAUUUCUUGGAAUGAAUUUUUGGCAAAAGUCGAACAUUUCAGAGAAGUUGAAUUUGUUGCAGUAGAACAGCCUGUUGAAGCAUUCACCAAUAUCCUUUUCUCUUCUGGAACUACUGGGGAACCAAAGGCAAUUCCAUGGACCCUUGCAACACCUUUCAAAGCUGCCGCAGAUGGUUGGUGCCACUUGGAUAUCCGCAAAGGUGAUAUUGUUGCUUGGCCCACUAAUCUUGGAUGGAUGAUGGGUCCUUGGUUAGUUUAUGCUUCACUGUUGAAUGGGGCAUCCAUGGCUUUAUAUAAUGGAUCUCCCCUUGGUUCUGGCUUUGCCAAGUUUGUACAGGAUGCUAAAGUAACAAUGCUUGGAGUGAUCCCAAGCAUUGUAAGGGCAUGGAAAACUACAAAUUGUACAGCUAGCUAUGAUUGGUCAGCCAUCCGUUGCUUUGGAUCCACUGGCGAGGCAUCUAAUGUAGAUGAAUACCUAUGGCUGAUGGGGAGGGCUGGAUACAAGCCUAUCAUUGAGUAUUGUGGUGGCACAGAGAUUGGUGGUGGAUUUGUUACUGGGUCAUUGUUGCAGCCUCAGUCUUUGGCUGCUUUUAGCACACCAGCUAUGGGCUGCAGUCUGUUUAUCAUUGGCAGCGAUGGAAUUAUUAAUCCACCAAUUGUUCCAGGGAUUGGUGAAUUGGCUCUUGGCCCCUUAAUGUUUGGAGCUUCAAAUACACUGCUGAAUGCUGAUCACUAUAAUGUCUACUUCAAAGGAAUGCCUGUUUGGAAUGGAAAGAUUCUAAGAAGGCACGGGGAUGUGUUCGACCUUACUUCUAGAGGAUACUAUCAUGCGCAUGGUCGGGCGGAUGAUACAAUGAAUCUUGGGGGCAUCAAGGUAAGUUCAGUUGAGAUUGAACGCAUCUGUAAUGCUGUUGAUAACAACAUCCUUGAGGCAGCAGCGGUUGGGGUGCCUCCUCAAGGAGGUGGUCCUGAGAGGUUAGUCAUAGCCGUUGUUUUCAAGGAUUCAAGUGAAUCGGCCACAGACUUGAACAAGUUGAGGACGGCUUUCAAUUCUGCACUGCAGAAUAAACUAAAUCCUUUCUUCAAGGUUUCUCAUAUUGUGCCAAUAACGUCUCUUCCGAGGACAGCAACAAAUAAGGUUAUGAGAAGGGUUUUGAGGCAACAGUUUGCUCAAAUUGACCAAAAUUCUAAAAUUUGAUGUUUCUAAUUCCUAUUGAGAGCACUUUGCUAAAGUGCCAGUUCCAUGAGUUUUUGUUUUGUUUUUUUUUCUUCAUAUAAAUGUGUUAUUGUUCUUAUUUCCCAACCUGGUCUGAAUGAUUAAUAAUUCGUGUGUUGUAUAAAAAUGUAACAUAUUUUGAUCAUUGUGCAAAAACAGAAAAUUAUGGAUUAGCAUUCACUUCAAAUAAAUCUGUGGAUUAUAUCUGGUUAA